AUGGCGUCUCUUUACCCUGGAGCGAUGCAGGUGGGUUCGUACUUUGUGACACAGUAUUAUCAAGUGUUGCAGCAGCAGCCAGAUCUUAUUCAUCAGUUUUACUCCGACUCUAGCAAUGCGAUUCGUGUUGAUGGAGAUUCCUCCGAGACUGCUAACACUUUGCUGCAUAUUCACAACAUGGUGAUGUCACUGAACUUCACUGCGAUCGAAGUGAAGACGAUCAAUUCACUCGAGUCCUGGGAAGGUGGUAUCAUGGUGGUGGUUUCUGGGUCAGUGAAAACCAAGGAAUACAGCAACAGGAGGAGUUUCACUCAGACCUUUUUCCUUGCUCCUCAGGAGAAGGGUUACUUUGUCCACAGUGAUAUUUUCCAGUUCAUGGAUGAAGGAACUGUAUUCUAUCACCAGCAACCUUCUUAUGUAACUGAAAGCAAGCAUGAGGCUCAGCUUAAUCCUCCUAGCCCUCACCCAGAGCCCCAAGUUCCUGACUAUGUUCUGGAACAAGAGGCAAGGGAUUAUGUGAACUCAGUCCAAAUCAAAGAUGAUCUUGUGGACAAGUACAGUCUGCAGGAGGACCAACAUCAACCUCAGCAUGAAGAGUAUGAGGAUGAAGUUGCGGUUGAGGAAACGCCUAGGGAGGAAGUGGUGGUUGACGUGGUACAUGAACCUCGUGCUGCACCGCCAGAGGAACCUGUUGGUGAAAAAUCGAAGAUGAGUUAUGCUUCCAUUUUACGGGUUGUAAAGGAAGCAGCUGCUGUGCCUGUAGCUGCUGCACAACCAACAUAUAAACAGAGCUCUCAAGAAGUGAACGAGUGGGAUCAACCAAUUGGGGCUCCUUCCCCGCAGGUGGCUGCCCCUGCUCAGCAAUCAAACGCUUCUUCCCCGUAUGUUACCGACUAUGGAGCAGAGGCGGAUGAUGGCUUCGGAUAUGAAGACUUUGAGAUCAAAUCAGUGUACGUUAGGAACUUGCCUUCCGACAUAUCUGCUUCUGAAAUCGAGGAGGAGUUUAAGAACUUUGGUACAAUCAAGCCUGAUGGUGUUUUCCUCAGAACCCGCAAGGAUGUUGUCGGCGUUUGCUAUGCAUUUGUCGAGUUUGAGGACAUGACUUCCGUCGAGAAUGCUAUAAGGGCUUCUCCUAUAUACUUGGGAGGAAGGCAAGUAUACAUUGAGGAACGACGACCCAAUCCCGCUGGUGUUCGCGGAGCAAGAAGAGGAGGAGGACGUGGAAGGGGAGGGUACCCAACAGAAGCACCAAGAGGCCGGUUUGGUUCCCGCGUGUCCGGGAGAGGAAGCCAGGAUGGAGGUGACUACAGGCCGAGAGGCAACGGUUACUACCGUGGUGGCCGCUAA